AUGGGACUCGAUCUGGAGCCGAGAAAGACUGCGUUGGUGGAGUUUUCCAGGAGUGGAUACAUCGAUAGACAGCUGAAUAUACGUAUUGAUGGAUGUGACGUUCCCAAUUGCGGCGGUGCAAAAUUCCUGGGUAUCUGGCUAGACAACAAGCUGAGCUUCGAGCGUCAAAUACAUGAACUAAGAGGCAAGGUAAACCGAGCAAAUUCUAUUAUUAGAUACCUUUGUGGAGUUUCUAGGGGGAUGGAGGUAAAUACUUCACUUAUGCUCUACAAGAGUCUUGUAAAGUCAAUUAUUGAUUAUGGAAGCUUUGUGUUCUUUCCCAGAAAGGCCUCUUUGCAGCUUAAAUUGGAAAGGGCUCAGUUCCUUGGUAUUCGUACGGCCCUUGGAUAUAGGAACUCCACCCCCAACAAUGUGAUUGUUGCGGAGGCUAAAGUGACAUACUUAAAAGACCGGGCUAUGUUGUUGGGUUUUAACUUUGCCAACAAGGCUAUUGCUCAUAAUCAAAAUGGUUUGUGUGACAAGAUGCGUGCUCUAUAUGAGGGUGAGAAUUUUGUACGGUAUAGACAGCCUACGUAUGGGUCUUCCUUGUUGUCGGAGAUAUGGAAAAGAGUAAAUCGAACUAAGCACCUUAUUGGUCCUGUUGAGAAAUUCCCGGUCUUUAGCGGCUCGUACAGCGCCCACACGUUUAUACCUACCGUUGACAUAGACGUCGGAGCGGGGAGAAGGCGAGAGAGUUUCUCUGACUGUUAUCUUAUCCAAAAAAUUAUUAGUAAAUACCAUUUGGGCCCGAACCCAGACAUCUUCUUCACGGAUGGCUCCUGUAGGGAGGCAGCAGUAUCUACGGGAGCGAGUAUUGUGAUCUGCGAUCAGGAGGAGGCUUUUAAGAUUAGUCUGCCCGGCCUUUGCUCUUCCUAUACCGCGGAGGCCUUUGCUAUUAAUUGUUCUGCUCUUCAUUUACUUUGGACACGCAAAUAUGUGGGUGGUAGUGAGAUAAUUAUCUUAUCUGAUUGUCAAGCUGUUCUCAAGUCUAUUAAUAAUAAUCACCUAAAUAUCCACAAGAAUAAAUACGUUACGGAGGCUAGAAUACUGAUUUACAAGUUGGAGAAAUUCUGUGACAAGAAAAUUGUACUUGUAUGGAUUCCCGCUCACGCGGGAAUUCUGGGAAACGAGAUUGCGGAUGGAUUGGCUAAAGAGGCGACGGAGGAGGAGGCCGAUCCCACCAUUGCGGUUCCGGUGGGGGAUUUGCUGGCGCAUGCGAUAAAGGAAGCAUGGGAGUCUACACAAGUAUCGAUCGCUCGCGACGCUUUACAUAAAGGCGCUUUCUAUUUUGAAAAGUUUUAUGAUCGAGCUUCAUCUGUACCGUGGUUCCGCAAAGUCAGAGCGGAGAGAUAUUUCGUUACGUUCAUCAAUCGCUUGAGAGCAAAUCACUAUAACCUGGGUGCUUCCCUCAAGAGAAAGAGGAGUUCCGUUUGA